UUAUCGAGUAUAUGGAAGGUGGUGAAAUACAAUGGAAAGACGAAAAUGAUCGUCCUGUUAUGAGUGUUGAUGAAGCAAGACGGAUAUUUAGAGAUGUAGUGUUGGGUUUGGAAUAUCUCCAUCAUCAAGGCAUUAUACAUCGAGAUAUAAAACCUGCCAACUUAUUACUUACCGCCGAUAAUGUUGUAAAAAUCUCGGAUUUUGGUGUAUCACAUUUUAGUCAACGUGCUGCCGCAGUCGAGUUGCAAGGAAAUAAUAAUUCUGCACCUACUCAAGAAGAUAUGGACUUAAUUAAAACUGCCGGAAGUCCCGCGUUUUUUGCUCCCGAACUGUGUUUUCCCGGAGAUUUGUCACGGGAGAUAAUUUCUAAUUCGAUAGUAACUGGUAAUUCUGGUAAUUCUUCUGAAUCGCUUUUGAAAUCCCAUUCAACUACCAAUUCUAUAUCAGUACGAGGACAACGACCUCCUAUUACCAAAGCUAUCGAUGUCUGGGCCCUUGGUGUUACACUAUAUUGCUUCAUUUUCGGAAGAUGUCCUUUCAUAGCAGAUACGGAAUUUGAAUUAUUUUUUCAUGUUAUACCUAGGCAACCAUUGGAAUUUCCCGAGGAUAUACCUAUUUCAGACAGUUUAAAAGAUUUACUUACAAGUUUAUUGGAAAAAGAUCCACAAAAAAGAAUCACUCUAGGGGAAGUCAAAAAACAUCCAUGGAUAAUCGCUGAUCUUCCAAAUCCACAGAAAUGGCGAGAUGAUACCGAUCCAAGGAAGUAUCAGGCGCUUACGGUUACGGAUGAGGAAGUUAAAAGCGCCUACACAUUGAUAGAUCGGUUAAAAAAGAAAAUUCGUAAAAUUUCAUUGUCAUUAGUAGGAAUGUUACGGUCUGGCAAAGAUCAUGAUCUGAAUCAGUCUUUUGAACCAGUUCAAGUG